AUGACGGUUGAAGAGAAGCCUGAUGUGACGUAUAAUGAUGUUGGUGGUUGUAAAGAGCAGAUUGAAAAGAUGCGAGAAGUAGUUGACCCUCCAAACGGAGUUCUUUGUCAUGCCCCGGGAACUGGCAAAACACUUCUAGCAAGGGCUGUGGCUAAUAGGACUGAUGCUUGUUUUAUAAGGGUUAUUAGAAGUGAACUGGUUCAGAAAUAUGUUGGUGAGGGAGCUCGGAUGGUUCGGGAACUAUUUCAGAUGGCUCGUUCAAAGAAGGCUUGCAUUGUCUUUUUUGAUGAAGUUGAUGCAAUUGGAGGUGCAAUUGAUGAUGGUGUUGGUGGUGACAAUGAGGUUCAGCGCACAAUGCUUGAAAUUGUGAAUCAACUCGAUGGGUUUGAUGCUCGUGUAAACAUCAAAGUUCUCAUGGCAACAAACUGGUUGACUGAUACACUAGAUCCGGCACUACUACGGCCGGGACGAUUGGAUCGUAAAGUGGAAUUCGGACUUCCUGAUUUAGAAAGUAGGACGCAGAAAUUCAAGAUUCACACAAGAACCAUGAACUGCGAAAGGGACAUCCGUUUUGAACUUCAAGCUUGGCUUUGCCCGAAUUCCACUGGAGCUGAUAUAAGGAGUGUGUGCACCGAAGCCGGUAUGUACGCAAUCCGGGCCAGAAGGAAGGCUGUAACAGAGAAGGACUUCCUUAAUGCAGUAAACAAAGCGAUCAAGGGGUACCAGUAGUUCAGUGCAACCACAAAGUAUAUGGUUUACAACUGA